UUUCUCUUUCAUUUUUGUCGUGAUUUUGGCGUCCAGUUUAUUGGCGUAGAGCCCACUCGCACCGCUUGAAUGUAUGCUUCGAUCUCUGUGACAGAGCCAACAGAGCUGCGAACCACUGUAGUUUGUUCUGCAGUUCUGACCAGCCCAUCUAGCCCAUCGCGAAACGUCUGAAAUGACGACUUGCAGCAUGGUGCCGCGACUGCAAGUGCCGCAAGCCGGUACGUCAGCACGCGAAAACCCGCUUGGAACCCGCGGCGGGUACUACAACGGCGCAGAAAAACUUCGGCACGGUUGUGAACUUGUGGUCACAGGUUACAGAGACAUCGAAGAAAACAACAUGCACUCCGACUGGCAAGAAUGGAUGGCAAGUGUGCAGGUGCGGAAUCGUACGGAAGCUUUCUACAGGCCUCGUCGCCGGCGCAACGGCAAGAAAGAGAACUGGCAUGGAACUGUGGCCGACGAAACAGCUCGUGGUCGUUCGUGCUUUGUGUGGCGGGAAAAAGUAUGCACGGGGUUGGUGUCGAGGUCUGUCGAUGAGCGUUUUUACUACAAGAAGAUGUUCAGUGUGUACUACCAAUGGAAGAUGGAACGGAAUUUGGAAGAUGUCGACGAACACCGUCGCUUCGCCCCGUCGUCGAACCUCGGUGCGCGCCAACGUUCGAUCGACCAAGUCCCGGCGCCGAGGUACGCUGACAAACUAUCCAAGUCUGCAGUGUCGCGUCAGAGUGUGAGCUCGGUUGGGUCCGCAGACUGGUACGCUGCAUUGAAAGAGCGUCUCCGCAUAGCCGGCAGGUUUUGCAUCCCAAAACAGCGACAGUUAGAUCGGAUACGCGACGUCGAGGGCGUCGUGAUGCCCAGCCUCACACCGGCGAUGCAGCAUGAGGUGGAGGCAGCCUUGGUGCCAACGCCGCCCGACGAAGUGCUGGCAUCGGCCUUCCGGCUCAACAUCAGCAGGGCCGACAUGCACACGCUCUCCGACAGCCAGUGGUUGAACGACGAAGUGGUAAACUUCUAUAUGAAUCUCCUCAUGCAACGAUCCGAGAAAGCAGGCUCUCCCCGUGUGUAUGCAUUCAACACAUUCUUCUUUCCCAAGCUGGCGAAAAACGGCCACGCUGCUCUGAAGAGGUGGACGCGCACUAUCGACAUCUUUUCAUUUGACAUCCUGCUGGUGCCCCUGCACUUCACCAUGCACUGGUGCCUCGCUGUUGUAGACUUCCGCAAGCACCACAUUGCUUACUACGACAGCAUUGGCUCAGCAUCUGAACAGCCAAGCUGCCUGGCCACGCUGCAGCAGUACCUGGAAGAUGAGAGCCAGCACAAGCGCAACCAUGGUCUCAACUGGGACAGCUGGACAUUGAAAGUAAUGGAUGUGCCACGGCAGCAAAAUGGCAGUGACUGUGGCAUGUUCACUUGCCAGUACGCCGAGUGUAUAUCCCGGGACGCUCCCAUCUCGUUUGGUCAGCAGCACAUGCCAUACUUUCGGAAGCGUGUUGUCUACGAGAUUCUGCACAAGGCUAUACUUUCAGUGUGAGGCAUUUGUGGAGCCACUUGUUCUGUUAGUUUACAUGACUAUGACUUGUGGCUCAUUCACACUGGCAACAAACAGAUUGAACUGGCGACCCUGAAGUGACUGAAGGCGACCAGCAUGUCUCCACACCGAAAUGCCUUGCGAUUGGUACCGUUCAUAUUUGUUCAAUGUCAUCCUCCUGGCACAUCCAACUGGUUUUCACACUUUGUGAAUACAACUUAAAAAUGAAGCAGCGAGCACAUGACCAAAGCAACUGAUUUUCUACCAUUUGUGGCAGGUCCUUUUGUUACCAACUUGGUAACAUGACUGCUGUGUGUUGUUGGUGUGAAUGAGCCAUCAGAUUUGGGCAGCAGUGCGUGCCUCACUUUCACAAACUGAUUGUCUACCAUCUUCCAUCAUAUUUCUAAUGUAUUAUCAGUUUUAUGCAGAUGUGAAGCCAUCCUUUCCUUUUUAUUUUCGUUAUGUAGAUAUAGUUCCAUACAUAAAAACGUUAAUAUGUAUCUUAUUUACUUGCCUGUUCAUAUGUGUAAUAAAUAGUUUUUCAUCGUGAA